AUGAUUCCAAUAAAAAGGGAACUUGCCGAAGAAAUCCAACAGGAGCAGAUGGAAGGAGUUAAAAGCUUUUUGUUUUCUCUGAAAGGGAAAAUUCAGUACAUCAAUGAUGAAAAUGCAAUAAAACGCAAAUUUUCUCCUCAAGAUAAACUUGAGUUGGCCAUUGUUAAAUUUUUGCAAACUAAAGAUACAAACCUUGAUGAAAUAAUGUAUAAAGACCUUCCUUCUCACUGGGAACAACAUGGGGAUCUAAUUCUUUUACCAGAGAAAUCUUUUACCCAGGAUAGAUGGGAAGAUUUUGGUGCUGAAUUAUGGCAAGUUGUAGCCGAAAUGCUAGGUGCUAAAAGAAUUGCCAAGAAAUCAACAAUAUGUAGAGAUGGAUUUCGCACGCCGCAAGUGAGUUUGCUUCUUGGACAUAGUGGCUGGGUGAUGCACAUUGAAAAUGGCAUCAAAUACACUUUUGAUGUUACAAAGUGUAUGUUCUCUGCAGGAAAUAUAACAGAAAAGAUCAGGGUUGGAAACUUUGAUUGCAAAGGUCAAACUAUUGUUGAUCUUUAUGCAGGAAUAGGUUACUUUGUUUUGCCAUAUCUUGUUCAUGCUAAAGCAGCAAUGGUUUAUGCUUGUGAAUGGAAUGAAAAUGCCAUUGAAGCUUUGAGGACAAACUUGAAGAUAAACAAUGUGGAUGAACAGUGUGUCAUAUAUGAAGGAGACAAUCAAAAGGUAAAGAAAGGUGUGGGAUUUUUUUAAGUCACAUGUUUUAGUAGAUCUAGGUCAUGUUACAUCACCACCUGCUAUUAUCAAUGUGCCAACCAGAAGUUUAUAAGCUCUUGAAAGAAGAAUCAAACUAAAGCCAAACCUCCCUUAAUGGCCACCCCUCCACAACAGCCACUUCUCUACAGCAGCCACUGUUUUUACCCCAGCAGACAAAUAAAAUUAACUCUCUCUACAAUAUUGUCACCUCUUUAUAAUCAACCCUUCCUUCUGUCCUCAAGGUGGCCAGUGUAGAGAGAGGAUCAACUUUAUUAAUGCAGUGACGUGUUCCCAUUUACAAUUCUCUUUGUCUUUUUUCCUACAUAAUGGUUUUGACGAUCGACUACCUUGAACAUUUUUCUUCUCCGUUUACAGUUUCCACUUCAGGGGGUUGCAGAUCAUGUCAAUCUUGGACUCAUUCCUACAAGUGAGGCUGGUUGGCCUGUGGCAUGUGCUGCAUUGCGAUCCGACAGUGGAGGCUGGCUCCAUGUUCAUGGAAAUGUUACUUCAGGGUUAACAAACCUUGAACUCAACACCUUUUCAAGCAAAAAAGAAAAGGAGUCUAGGUUGAAUAGCCAUCCAUCUUCCAUGGACAGCGUAGCUGUGAUUUAUGAUAGAACAAUGUCUACUUCGAAAAGUACAGCAAAUAAUGAAGAUAGGUGUUUGAAUGGUGCCAAUGCCAAAAAUGCACAAGAAUUUGAAGAUUCAUUGUCUCCACCAUCCAAAAUGUCAAGCUUUUGUCGUCAUUCACUGCAUGAUACAACAAGCCAUUUACCAUCUUGUAACAAAAAAAUCAAGCCUGAAUGGCUUGACUGGGCUGGCUAUGUGGUUCAAAGUCUUUUAGGACAUUUAAAGAAACUACAUGACCCUAAGAUCAACUGGAAUGUUCAGAUAUGUCAUAUUGAACACAUUAAGUCAUAUGCUCCACAUAUUGAUCAUAUUGUUUUAGAUGUUGAGUGUCAUCCACUGCUUUAGUAUGUUAAACACAAAGUUGCUACAAAAUAGCUCAGAAUACAUCUCUCUUUCUAACAUGGUGGAAAUGAAAAUAUGUCGUUUUCUUUUACACUUGCCUGCAGGUCCAUAUUUUUGAAAGAAUUUUCAGGGUGAGGAUACCCUUUCUUUCACUAAUGGUCCAAAGAGGUUGCAUAAAGAGUAGGACCUGUUUAUGCAGGUGUAACAGUAAUGUUCUGCUUUGAAAUGUGUGUUACAGUUGAAAAUUGAAUAAUAGGUUAAAAUUUUUAACCUAGGUUGAUUCUCAAUUUCCUUUGUCUUUUUGCCCUAAUUUUUCAUAAAUUAGGGCUCAGAGACAAAGGAAAUUAAGAAUCAACCUAAAGUAUUAGGUCUGCUAUAAAUGAGUCUGUUUCAAGAAUUGAUUUCUCAAAAUAAACAAUAAAAAUUCUUCAAAUAAAAAUUACACAAGUCUAUCAACCGACAAAUGAUUGUCCAACAAACCUUUGUGUAGCUCAGACUACGUGACGCAUAAGGCAUUGGCCGUGUGCAUUUGUGAGGCGUAGGGACUAGGCAAGGUCUUGUAGGCUUUCGUACAUUAUGCUAGAAUUUUUUAAAGCAUUAGUCAGGCAAAAGCAUUAGGCAUUAUUCGAACAUUUUAAAGGCAUUUUUGCAGGAAAUUAUUUUUUCUUUCUCACAAAAAAUAAAAAUUGAAAAUGUUAAGAGAAAAAUGAUGAUUUAAACUCAAAAUUAAAAAAAAUACUCAAAUUUCACCUUAUUGCAGCCAUACAAAGAAUCAUUUUUUAUUUGUAUUUUAAAAGACUUUUAAAUUUAAAACAUUGUUGUCAUAGCACCUAAACAUUUUUGUCAGCCUUAAAACAAAACCCUCUUAAAAUGUUUAGAAUUAAUAAAAAAAAAUCCCGUAUAUGAUGAGCAUUAUCCGGAGAAAUAGUUAUUAUAUCUCUGCUUAAGUUUUAGUUUUAUCAACUUAAUUAUUAACUGAUUGUUAUUCAUUUCAUCAUUACUAUACCACAAUUAUUUAUUACCUUAUUUGCACAUAUUUAUUUAUUCAUUUUUAUUCUUGCACUUUGCACUGGAAUUUGCAAGAUGUCCUUAUAGGAUUUCGCAAAUAAAUUAUGUAGAUGUAGAAUCAAUAUUGCAAUCGGCAAUGCCAUCUAGUCAUGGAAAUGCCACUAAAUCUUGUUGUGAUCUCUCUGGGGGGGCGAUCGAGCAUUUUAGUUGAAAAAUGAAGCAUUUGAUGGGGCAUUUUGGAGGGGAAACAAGAGCGUAAUGCACAAAAGCCCAGGGCCGAGUUGUUCAAAGCUGAGUUAAGAUACCUUGGGGUUAGUGUGAGAUUGGAAUUCAGAUUUGAAAGCUUAAAAAGAAUUUCAGUUUUAAUUCUGUUUGUCUACAAGUUGAUUAUUGAAAGCUCUAAAUAUAACAGAGAAAAUUAUCCGAGAAAAUACUUUUGAACACAAGAAGGGAGACCCGGGUGAAAUUUAACCCGGGGUUACGCUAAUCGGCCUUCGGACAACUGGGCCCAGAUUACACCCCCUCCCCACCCUCUUCACACCUCCAAAUGGAACAAGGCUCGGCUACAUUGCGUGAAGGACAGCAAAAAAAACCCUCAGCCACGCGAUAGUUAUACUCAACAAAAAUGGCUGGUCUUGCACGUCCAGUGUAUAUUAUAGCGGCGAAAAGAACGGCAUUUGGUGCUUUUGGAGGGAAGUUGAAAGGCGUAACUGCUACUGUUCUCGGACAACAUGCAGCUGAAGCUGCAAUGGCCGCCGGCAAAGUUGAUCCGGCGAUAGUAGACUCCUCUGUAUUUGGCAACGUCAUUCAGGUUGGCCUUUUUAUGCAUUUGUGCACUGAAAAACGUAUUUUUUUUGGCUGCUAGUUUUUUUCCUUUGGUUUUGAGACGUCUUUAGCAGGUGCAUCACGGCUAAAGUUUGUUCACAUGAUUUUUGUACCGCGAUUUUUACACGCGAUACGAUGACAGUGCAUUUGGACUUUGUACUCUGAACCAAAGAAAGAAACAGUCAGGUUUUGAUCAACGCUGCUCUGUAAACCUCAGUAAGGUAGCUAAUGGUUGAUUUUGAGUCAGAUUUCCGUAUAACCCCAUACAUUUAUUUUGCAUGCAGCAAUUUCAUACUUUUUCUCACAAAUAGUUUUACUAUGAAAUUGCUGCAUGCAUAACAAAAUAUGAAUAGAUCCGUCGAAACAUGCAUUUAUGCAUAAUAAGUGUAUGGGGUUAUACAGAAAUCUUACCAAUUUUUGAUGAAUUUCUAGUCGUGAUACAAAGAGGUGCAAUUGCCAGAUGCCCAGGCGAUUCUGUGCAGAAAGAGUGGAGUUCAGUUCGGUCUGUAUAAUAAAUCACAAAUGAUUUAAUAUGCAGGAGAGUCUGUUUAAUCACUACUAUGAUUACAUACUGAAUUUGGAAAACAUAUAGUUCUGUUGCCAUUUAAUCGUAACUAAAACAAAAAUUUGGUAAAUUUUGAUGUAGUGUUGUAAAUUAUUGUAAACAUGUUUUUGUAUGAUUUUAGCCCCCCCCCCCCACAUACGUGAUUGGCAAGAACUGUUAAACAAUAAUAUUUGUUAAAUAAAUUUUCACAACAAAAGGAUGUAUAUUUUUGUUUUAUCCAUUUUGAAACCACUGGUAAUCUCUGCAAUCUGACAAUCUGAUUGGCUCUCAGUAGUUUAAUUUGUUUGCAAAUCACACUAUUUUUGCUCUAAAUCACAUCCGUUCUAAAUCAUGUCAUUCUGUUCAUUUUCGCCAGUAUUUGCAUCAUUCCUGUUACAAGUACAAAAUGAGAUGUAAAAGCCUUUUUGUUUCCACUUUUCAACAAACCAGCUACUUGGUCAAGUAAAAUAAUAUUAGAACUGAAUGAAUUCUUUGAUUUCAAAAUGACUGUAAUAAAGUGAUAAUUUAACUUUGUGUCGUGCAAUUUUGGUCUGAAAUCAUACUUGUGAUUUCAAAUUGAAUUUGUGCUGCGUACCCGUCCAAUGUUAAAAUCACGUGUAUGAGUUUAGACCAAAUUGCACCCCACUCAGUUCAAUUAAUCCAUCAUAACCAAUUUUUUAUACAUGAUCUUUUUAUAGAGUGCCUCUGAUGCAGCAUACCUUGCACGUCAUAUUGCUCUUAAAGCCAAUGUCCCAGUCACAACCCCAGCACUAACACUGAACAGAUUGUGUGGCUCAGGAUUUCAGGCCAUUAUCACAGCAGCGCAGGAGAUUCAGCUAGGGGAGAGUGACAUUGUUUUAUGUGGGGGGUCAGAGAACAUGAGUCAGGCACCUUAUGCUUUGAGGGAUGCACGAUUUGGAACAAAACUGGGACUUGAUUUAAAGGUGAGGCUUCCCCUGCAGCCAUGAAGUUCUGGGGCUUCAUCCCCAGAAUAUGGAAUAAUUGAUAUGUGGUGAUCAGUGUUUGGUGGUUUUAUUCUGAGACACUGAUCAAGAAUAAGUUAUCCAUUCUACAACAGAAUAAAUUUAACAAUAGCUUGAUAGUGAAUUGUCAUCCAGUGAACAGGGUUUUGAGGAUAUCAUAGGUCUACUGUCAAAUCCCUCAUGAAUGGCCAUCUGCACCCAAUUAUGCAAAAUGCCAAUAAAACCAUUCCUAAGCACAUUAGCACUCAAGUGACCCUUGCUGGUGCCUGCUAAAGAGAAGUGUUAAUUGGCUUAAUGCAGAUCAGUUUUAUAUAGGAAAAGUAUUUUAAUAAAUAUAAGCAUACUGUCAUGUUUGAUUCAAGAAGGGCAUGACUAGUGAAUCAAGUGAAUCUUGGGUCACUUAACUGCUGUCAAGCAAACCCACUAACAAAUUCAAAAACUCAGACUGUCUAGCCUCUCAGUACUCAGUACAAUCAGUUUGUAAAUGUUUUUUUUUUCUGUAGUUGGAAGACACAUUGUGGCAAGGUUUAACAGAUUACUAUGCUAAACUUCCAAUGGGCAUGACUGCAGAAAACCUUGCUGAGAAGUACAACAUCACACGGCAAGAAUGUGAUGAGUUUGCACUCCUGACACAAAAGAGAUGGGCUGAAGGUAACAAAAUUAAAUCAAAGUAUUUGGAACUAACGGGGCAAUGUCUCAUAGAAACUACAUUUAUUUUGUAAAGCAGUCGUCAUUAAGAGUGCUGAAACAACAAUUUUUUAAAACCAUGGCUCAACUCAUCUAGCACAUAGGGUGUUCUCUUGGAUUUUUAUGAUGUUUUCAAGAAAAACGAGGCCAUAAAUUUAAGCCAUUAUCAGGAAUUAAAGGGGUUUGAUAAUUAGACUGUAUAUUUUUUCACUUUUUCUAGCUAAUGAGGAUGGAAGAUUUUUAGAAGAGAUUGUUCCAGUUUCUGUGAAAGGCAGAAAAGGACCAGAGGAAUUUAAGGUUGAUGAGCAUCCCAAACCAAACAGUACCAUGGAGAGUCUGGCCAAGUUACCGCCAGUGUUUAAGAAAGAUGGAACAAUUACUGCUGCUAAUGCUUCUGUAAGAUGUUGUUUAUUGAAAAGCAGAAAAUAAUAUUUGAUUUAGAAUAAACAGAGUCGUGGAUAUGUCAUGAAAACGUUCCUCGAAAUAAGGAUUAUUUGCUUGCCUUUCGUUAGUGUUAAGGCUAGUUUUCACUUGCAACAGAGUCAGGGUCAGGGUAGUAAGCAGUCCGACAUGUAAGAAGAGUCAUAAGCACAAAGGAAUGCGAGUCAAAAGAAUCAGAAUGUUUCUUUUUUCUUGUGACUUUGCUCAUGACUCCAUCGCUUAUGAUUGAGUGAAAACCAGACUGUCACAGGCAAAAGCAUAUAGUUGCAAUGAUGCUUGUUACCUUUGCUUUGUGAUUAUUUAGUUUAGUUCUUUUGCGUCCACUCUCGACUGUGACAGCCUGGUGUUCACGAGCUCGUAAGUCAUAAGUGGAAUCAGACCAGUUCCAUCAUGGUUGCCUUAACUCCCUGUCAUCGCUCAGUCCGGUGUUCAAGGACCUGUCGAUCAUUAAUUUUUUUUCUGACAGGGAAUAUGUGAUGGCGCAGCGGCAUUGAUUGUUGUUAGUGAGAAAGCCCUCAAAGAGCACAACUUCACUCCACUUGUGAGAAUUGCUUCAUACUCUGUUGCCGGUGUGGAACCAUCAAUCAUGGGAAUUGGUCCUGUUCCUGCGGUAAAGGCAGCUCUCAAUAAAGCUGGCAAGAGCCUGCAAGAUAUGCAGCUUAUUGAGGUAACAUUACUGAGUCAUGUUGUAUUAAGUAAUUUUCAGGUGGACAAUACUGUGUCCAAUGUUUUUCGCAAAUAACAAUGAUAAUGACAUUGCUAUUAUUGAUUAUUAUUAUCAUUAUCAUAACAGAUUAAUUCUCAGAUUUUUGGUUGCAAUAUAUUCUAAUAAGAGAGAAACUACAAAAAACAAAGACAAAAACAAUAACUGUCAUAAAGGCCAAAAAUGUUUAGCGGCUCAUUCUGCUCAUGAAUGCUCAAUCAGGAACUGACCCCUAGUCUUAAAACGUUAUCUUUCCUUUUGUUUGUGCAGGUAAAUGAAGCAUUUGCUCCACAAUUCAUUGCUGUUCAAAAGGAGCUUGAGCUGGAUAUAGACAAGACAAAUGUUAAUGGAGGAGCCAUUGCUCUUGGUCAUCCUGUUGGAACCUCAGGGGCAAGAAUUACUGGGCACUUGGUACAUGAACUGCGACGGAGGGGAGCUAAAUAUGCUGUAGGCUCAGCCUGUAUAGGAGGGGGCCAGGGUAUAGCUAUUGUUCUUGAAAAUGUACAGUAAAAAAUUUCCUUAAAGAUUUUUAUUUUCUUUGAGGUUAGCAGUCACAACAAAACCACUGUAACCUUAGCAAGGUGAGCUCAACAGGAAAAUAGACAAGUUUCUUAUUUAUACUGUAUGUUUUAUUUUUAAGAAAAAAAUAGGUUUUCAAUAAACUAUACAGCUAAGUGAAACAGCAGUUUUUUUUCUUGUUUUGUGUAGAUCUAUUCACAGUGAAAAAAAAAGAAAAAGGACAACUAAAUACAAUGUUGCAAGCUGCACAUGUUCUGGUAUUUUUUCAUUCAACUCUGAUAGCUCUUUACAGAUCUUAAACUCUAAGAGUAACUGGA